CCCAUCCCUGCUUCCCCAAGCAUUGCCAUUUGCCAGUGCAAAAACAUUAAAAGAGAUAGAUAGUCCCGCGAUUAUACAAUAGAAGUACUGUCGCCUCUGCCGGAGACGGAGAUGGAGCUUCCGCCAUCGCCAUGGUUGACAUACUCUGCAAUCCUCGCAGUCUUAUUGACCCUCAUCGUCAAAACUAUGAUUAAAGGCGGGCGACGGCGGCCGAACCUUCCUCCUGGACCCCGGCCGUGGCCCAUCAUUGGGAACCUGAACCUCAUCGGAGCACUCCCGCACCGCUCCAUUCACGAACUCUCCAAGAAGUACGGCCCGCUCAUGCAGCUUCAAUUUGGUUCCUUCCCAGUAGUGGUGGGAUCCUCUGUCUCCAUGGCUCGCCUCUUUCUAAAGACCCACGACCUGACCUUCGCUGGCCGACCUAAGACCGCCGCCGGAAACUACACCGCCUACAACUACUCCGACAUCACGUGGUCGCCGUAUGGACCCUACUGGCGUCAGGCUCGCAAGAUGUGUAUCACCGAGCUCUUCAGCCCUCGAAGCCUCGACUCCUACGAGCACAUUCGUUCCGCCGAGCUACGUGGACUUCUCCGCUGUCUCUUCGACGCCGCCGGCAAGCCCCUGCUCGUCAAGGACCACCUCUCUACUCUCAGCCUCAAUGUCAUUAGUCGUAUGGUCUUCGGCCGCCGCUACCUCGACCCCACUGCCGAGGACCAGGCGGCGCCGCCACCACCCGUGUCCCCAGAGGAAUUCAAGAGGAUGCUGGACGAGCUGUUCCUCCUCAACGGUGUUCUAAACAUCGGAGAUUCCAUCCCAUGGCUAAACUUUCUUGACCUGCAGGGCUACAUUCGUCGGAUGAAAGCCGUCGGCAAAAAGCUCGACCGAUUCAUGGAGCACGUUCUGGAUGAACACAUCGCCCGGCGAGUGAAGGAAGGGGAGAAUUUUUCGCCCAGGGAUAUGGUUGAUGUCCUCAUUCAAUUCGCGGAGAAUCCCACCCUCGACGUGAAGCUCAACAGGAGCAGCCUUAAGGCUUUCUCUCAGGAUCUAAUCGCGGGAGGCACAGAGAGCUCAGCUGUGACGGUGGAGUGGGCAAUCUCGGAGCUCCUGAGGAAGCCAAACGUCAUGAAGAAGGCGGCGGAGGAGCUUGACCGCGUCAUCGGCAGGGAGCGAUGGGUGGAAGAGAAGGACGUGCAGGACCUCCCUUACAUCGAAGCCAUCAUGAAGGAGACGAUGCGGUUGCACCCUGUAGCGCCAAUGCUAGUCCCACGCCAAGCCCGCGAGGACGUCGUAAUCGACGGCUAUGAAAUUCCUGCCGGUACACGCAUUCUCGUCAACAUGUUCACCAUCUACCGUGACCCUUCCAUUUGGGAAGAACCCGACGAGUUUCGGCCGGAAAGGUUCCUCGGCCUGGAAAUCGAUGUGAAGGGUCAUGACUUCGAGCUACUACCCUUCGGAUCUGGGAGGAGGAUGUGCCCAGGCUACACACUCGGUCUCAGGGUCAUUCAAUCCAGCCUUGCCAACAUCCUUCAUGGCUUUAGCUGGCGCUUGCCCGAUGGGGUCAAGAUGGAGCAACUCAGCAUGGACGAGAUCUUCGGCCUUUCCACACCGAAGAAGGUGCCUCUUGUGGCCGUUGCCGAGCCCAGGCUACCGCUGCAAAUGUACGACAUCUUUUCUUGACUCUCGACGAGGGCCAAACUCUACAAAUAAUCACAUAAUAAUUAUUAAGAGAAUAAAUAUAACUAGAAGUUUCUACCACUCUGUAGUCUGGAUUUCGAAGCCUGAUAGUGUGAUCGAGGCAAAAUAAAUAAUGAAGUGGCGUGUGACUCUGCUGUUACUCUAACCGCAGUUUAGAUGUUAUUCGAGAUUGCCAUGUUUAAGAUAUUAAGAGAUUGUGUAUUAAGAGAUUGUGUGUUUCUUCUUUUCUUUUCUCUUAUAAUUUAAGAACUUAUUGAUCUUGA